AUGGUACCUGUGCAACUUGAAAACCCUGUUCCUCACCUUCUCUCUCUCUCUCUCUCUGUCUCGCUCUGCCCCCCGUUCUCUCCCUCUUUCUCUUUGCCCCUGUCUCUGUCUCUCCGUCUCUCUCUGUUCCCCGCCUGUUUAGAGUUCCUAAGGGAAGAAGGGGUUAGGCUGUUAACAGCUCAGUUCAUCACACUCUUUAACCAAACAGUGCUCUCUCACCUGUCCAGUCACACUCACUCAAUCACUCACUCACUCACUCACUCACUCACUCACUCACUCACUCACUCACUCACUCACUCACUCACUCACUCACUCACUCACUCACUCACUCACUUACUCACUCACUCACUCACUCACUCACUCACUCACUCACUCACUCACUCACUGUGAAGUGCCUUUCAGUACAUUUGUUAUAUAUUGCAUAGGCCACUGAGGGGGUAGCCUGGUAGCCAAAUCGUUAUAUUCCUAAGCCAACUUUCAAUAUCAUCAUGCCAUCAUCAUGUUUGGUUUUGGAGGAGUUGGCUAAAGCACAUACCGAUCUACGACCAGGCUACUAUAAAGGGACUCGUUAGACUUUAUUGUAAUGUUCUGCGAAAUACUUAUAAAUGGUGUUAUAAAUACUAUAAUGUUAAUACAUGUUGACAAAUAAUGAACAAAUCAUUUGUUAAUAGCGUAAACACGUAAAAAAAGAAAAUAAAUUAAUGCUUGUUCAUGAAUGUUAUUAUAAAAUGUUAACGUGAAGUGCCGGAGUCUGGUGUAGCGGACCACACAUGCCCACAUGGCAACAGGGGUUUGCCCUUAGUUCGACCGUCUGUCUGUGCCCCUAAACCCUUUCUGUCCCUCACUCUGUCUAUCUCUCAAACUGAACGUUUAUCUGUGCUAUCACAAAAACAAUAAGAAUACUUCAAGCUUACAUCCGAGAAUGGUAAAACAGCGCCACUGGUCGCCCCAGGCGUAUUUGUUAUUGUUUUGUUUUUUAAAUGGAGGAGAUGAGUAUCCAGCAUCAUGGUAAAAAACAUUGUAAUACAUACUGUGCUGUUCUAUCGCAGAUGCAAUGAUGUACAAUGGGGGGGGAAAAAACAGUGUUCGUUGUUUGAAGUAACGUCUUUGUUGUUGUAAUAUCGCAAACAGACGUGUCAGUUUCACCGCUAAGGAUUCCAGCUUUAAGAAUAGUAUUUAAGAAAAUUUAUUUUUAAACCAGGGACAUGAUUAGACUCAAUAAUGUGACUGUAUUAAUUUCCCGCCACCUUAGACCAUGGUUACCCCAUUGACCCAGCAGUGCUUUAACUUAGUGGAGAUGGAGAACAGUGUCUUGUACUGCAUCUGUGGCGUGGAGGUGAUCACAGGCUUCCAGUUUGUCCGCUGGCUGAGCCGCCGCACAGCUGUGAGGGUGGUGCUGGCCAUGGGCCUCAUUCUCUGCAAGAUCUCCUGCGUGCGGUGCCUCAUCUUCCUGGCCAACCCACAGGGUGAGUGAGGAUGCAUGGUACGUGAAACGUUCUCUCCGCAGGUAGCCAUAUUGUAUAUGUUGGUUUGUGUUUUUAGCUAGGCCAAACAAUGUAGCAUACACUAUCAGAAAGAAAGAGUGCUAUGUAGCACCAUUUGUCCCUGUAGGAGAACCCCCUGAAAAUAGGCUCCAGAUAGAACCCUUUUCAGGUCAAAUAGAACCCUUUUGGUUUCCAAAUAGAACCUGGGUUCCAAAUAAAAGGUGCUAUUUGGAACCAGAAAGAGUAUCUGAUCUAAAAAGGUUAUAUCUGGAAACUAGUACCAUGUAGCACUCUUUUUUUCUGAGAGUGUACUCAUACAAGGGUGUCAUUUUCUAAGCUACUACCACACACUCACACACACACACACACACACACACACACACUCACACACAGGUACUCCCCCUGGCAGUUAGCAGAGUUCAUCAUUGGGGUGUUCCUGCAGGUUUUGGGACCCCUUCAUCACUGUGGCCCAGGUGUCUCUCUUCUCCAAAGUCACUACGGAAAAGACUCAAGGUGAGCAAUGGUACCCUCUAGAGGAUGCCUUGGAGUAUAGCUGUCUGUAGUUUAACUGUAGUGCUCUAAACCACUGUUGUGUUCAUUAGGCACCAAACUAAAGAAAUCAAAGUGAAACAGGUAGGGAUCACCUAGACUUGUCCACUAAGAAACAUGUAUUUGAAUUUUCCGUUGCUUAACAUUUUCCAUUUUGUUCCCUAAUGAACGUAACCCUUGUACACUAAAUUUCCAUCCUGUCUUGUUUCAUCCGUAAUUUACCUUUUUAGAGUAGAUUUCCUGACCCUCAGCAGUUUAUCAAAACAGUGGCUGGGUGGCGCUUUGUUAUUGUUUGAACUGCAUAUUGCCCUGUUCAUAACGUACUUAUUUAGAGUAGAUUUUCUGACCAUUGAUCAGUGUGAUGUAAGGGGGUAGAGAACAAACCUGCUGGGACUGUGCUGCCUCUGAGCAGAUCAUUGACAACACCUUUUACUGAGAGGCUUUGAGAACCAUAGGCUUCAGGGUUGUGUUCAUUAUGCACGAAAUGGAAGAAACAGAAUGGGACUAACUGGAUGCUAAUUUUCUUUUCUGGUUCAAAGCAUUUUAAAAUAUUUUGCUAUGGUAUCUCUGUCCCUGUGGUAUUUGUGUCAGUAAAUGUCUGCCUGUCCCUCCCUCUCUCUCCAGGGUUCAGUCAGGGGGUGCGUCGCUCUGUGGUGGGUCUGGCCACAAUCUUGGGCCCCCUGUGGGAGCGGGGUCUGACAGGGAACCUGUAUGUCAUGCUCGGGGUAAUGAUGGCUCUUCUGGCCCUGCUCACUGUGAGUUGACCGUGUGUGUGUGUGUGUGUGUGUGUGUGCGUGAGCGUGUGCCUGCGCGUUAGAGAUAGAGACUCUGUGUGUGGAAGACUAGUUUUAUUCGUUGUAUGUACGGGAUACACAUGGAAAACACCAUCCAGCAAAAUGCUUACUUGCAGGUUCCUUCUCGACAAUGGAAAAACAAAAAGAAAUAAUAAAAGAUAUGAAUACGAACAUAAAGUAAAUGGCUCAUGUAGAAUAUAAUAAACAUUUUAGCAUAAGUAUAAUACAGGAAGGCACAAUUUAUAGUCAAUAUUUAGAAGUACCAGGCCGUGAUGUAACCGGUCUGGACACAAUCGAUGGUGCAGCGGUAGUAUUUGGAGAGGACCCGGGGUGGCAUACUGAAUUUCUUCAGCCGCCUUAGGAAGUAGAGACGCUGUUGCGCCCUCUUGACGAGUGGUGGGGGUGUUGGUCCAUGUCAAGUCCUCGAUGAUGUGGACGCCGAGGAACUUAAAACUGCUGACUCUCUUUACUGCAGUCCCGUUGAUGUGGAUUGGGGCAUGUUCCCUCCUCUGCUUCCUGAAGUAAACAAUCAACGUUUAUUUUGCUGACGUUGAGGGAGAGGUUGUUCAAGUACCUCCUCCCUAUAGGCUGACUCGUCGUUGUUGGUUAUCAGUUCUACAACCGUGGUCUCAUCAGCAAACUUGAGGAGGGAGUUGGUGUCGUGUAAAGCCAUGCGGUCGUGGCUGUACAGAGGGCUGAGGACACACCCCUGAGGGGGGCCCUGGUGUUGCCAAUCCUCACAGGUUUGUUACUGUUGGUCCAACAUCAUCAACACAUUUCCUAAUGAAGCCUGUGACUGACAUCCUCAAUGUGGAUGGAUAAGUCCUGGGUGGAUGAAUCUUUGAACAUAUUCCAAUCAGUAUACUCAAAACAGUCCUGCAGUUUGAGUCUGCCUCCCCUGUCCAGCGUCUCACUAUUCUCUGUGUUGGUGGCUCUCUCUUGAGUUGCUGCUUGUAGGCAGGGAGUAGGAACAGAGGGACGUGAUCUGAUUUGCCGAAGUGGGGGCGAGGGAUGGCUUUGUACACGUCACGGAUGUGUGUAUAUACAUGGUCCAGCACGUUGGUGUUUGCUUGUGACGGUAUGUACACAGCUUUGAUAAUAACACACGUGAAUUUCCUUCGGUAUAUAGUGGGGUCGGCAUUUUAGCAUCAAAUUCCAGGUCUGGUGAACAGGAGCUCAAGAUGUUUUCAUCUUUGGUACACCAGGAAAUGUUGAUGAGGAAACAUGCCGAUCCAUACGGAAAAUGGAAAAGCCGCCUGGUUGAAUAGUAGAGACGAGUAUAUCGUCUGUAAGCCAUGUCUCUGUAAAAAGAAAGACGCAGCAUUCCCUGAUGUCCCACUGCGAUUGAAGCCACAAAGUUUAUUUUCCUGCGAUUGGGCAUUAGCCAUCAGGAUACUUGGAAGAGGAGGCCAUGUAGCCCAUUUUUUCAGCCUAGCUUGGAGUCCCCCUUUCCUUCUCUUCUUUGUCGCUGCAAAGUAAUAAUUAACGCAAAAAUAGCCAUAAAAAAGCAAAGUCAAACAUGUUAUCAAACAUGUUUGGUUGGCUUACCUGGAAACAAAAAAUUGUUAUUUUGGUCUCAGAACUGAAUAAUCAGUUUAAGGUUGCUUGAAUAUUUGUCUAACGUUUGGCCCCGCUCUAUCAGAUCAUGAUGUUCUUCUCCUAUGACCGCCUGGUGGAGCCCAGUGUGGUGGAACAUGCAGAGAGCUCAGAGGAUUGUGGGGAAAGAUAA